AUGGCACCGAAAAAGAAAUCAAAUGAUAAAGCCCUUCAGGCAAAAGGUUCAGAAGCUGAACAAUUAAUAGAAGACUAUUUGGUAUCACAAUAUAAACCAUUUUCUGUAAAUGAUAUAAUUCAGAAUCUGCAUAACAAAGUGACCAAGACAACUGCAACUAAAGCAUUAGAAAAUCUCGUUAACGAGAAACGCAUAGUGUCUAAGACCUUUGGAAAGAUCGUAAUUUACUCUUGUAAUGAACAAGAAACAGCGUUACCAAGUAAUGUCGACUCUUCUCAGUUUGAUUUUGAAACCGUACUGCAACUGAGAAAUGAUUUGAUAGAACUGGAGAGGGAUAAAUCGAUGGCUAAAGAUGCUCUUGACUCUGUAGCUAAGGAACCUGAAAAUAAAGAACUCUUAACAAUCAUUGAAAAUGAGGAAAACGAGUUGAAAGAAAUAGAGUCAAAAUUACAAAGUUUACAGGGCGAUUGGAAUCCUGCCAAUGAUGAAAUUGUCAAACGGAUAAUGUCUGAAGAUACGCUUUUACAAAAAGAGAUCACGAAAAGAUCAAAGAUUUGCAAAAGCCUAAUUGCCACAAUAAAGGACUCAGUGUGCCCAAAAAAUAUGGAUGAGUUUUUGGAGGAAAUUGGAUUUGAAGUCAUUUGA